AUGCUACAACAGUCAUCCCCAGAUAUUUCUAUUGCUACGUCGGAUAUAGCGGUAUAUUUUAACUGGAUUUGUAUGAAUGAGACAUUAGGCAGCGACCAUGUUGUAAUAAAAAUAAGUAUGUGCUACGAUAAUAGUUUUUCUCAAUUUAUUAAGAAAAGAAAUUAUAAGAAAGCUAACUGGCCGCUAUAUAAAAAAUAUAUAGAUAGUAAACUUUUUGACUUCAAUUUACCAGAUGAUCCGCAAUCAGCCUACGAUAUGUUUUUAAAUAUUAUAAAUGAGUCAGGCGAUAUGCAUAUACCUUAUAUAAAAUUUAAUCAAGGUCCUUUACAGCAAUUUACCUCAAAACCUUACUGGAAACCUGAACUAUCAAAGGCGAUAGCGGAGCGUCGGUUGGCGUUAAAAGUUUUUAGAAAGAAUCCUACCCCUAAUAAUUUAAUUACGCUAAAAGUUAAGAUCAGUAGUAGCCAGCGAUUGAUAAGAAAAGCUAAACGCGAGAGUUGGGUAGAUUUUUGUUCAUCUAUUAACGAAUCGUCAAAGUUGACUGACAUGUGGCGUAGAAUGAAGUGGCUUAAAGGUUAUAAAUCUCCGAGUUCACAUAUCGAUAAAACGAAUGCUUACAAUCUGCUGCAAAGUUUAACACCUGACUACGUUACUCCGAAAUCACCGAUCUUUUGUUCAUAUAAUGAACAUUUAGAGCAAACAAUAACAUUAUGUGAAUUGGAGAAAUGCAUUAAAUUAAAAGAUACGUCACCUGGACAUGAUAACAUAUCAUAUUCAAUGAUUAAAAACCUAUCUACUAGUGCGAGGGACAUACUUGUUAAUAUUAUAAUAAAAUUCUGUGUAGUGGAUAUGUUCCUUCACAAUGGCGCAAUAUACGUGUAA